UUUUAAACAAAAUUUUUCUUCUAAGUUCAAUCUGGGAAAUUAAUUACCAUGUUGUUUUCUUCACAAGCACCUCGGUGGCUUCAAGUUCUUCUUACCGAGAAAUUCUUCAACGCCUGUAUAAUCCACGAAGACGCCAAGAAAAACGAGAAGAACAUCUUCUGCUUGGAUUGUUCUAUCAGUUUAUGCCCUCACUGCUUCGACCCUCACAGCUCCCACAGGCUCUUACAGAUAAGAAGAUAUGUGUACCAUGAUGUUAUAAGGUUGGAUGAUGCAACAAAAUUAAUGGACUGUUCCUUGGUUCAAUCAUACAUAACAAAUAGUGCAAAAGUGAUCUUUAUAAACCAAAGGCCACAGACGAGGCAGUUCAGAGGGUCCGGCAAUUUCUGCACCAUCUGCGACAGAAGCCUGCAAGACCCAUAUCUCUUUUGUUCUCUCUCCUGCAAGGUAAAUUAUUUGCUGAGAGCAGAUGAUGGGCUGUCCGAGUUCCUGUUUGAGUGCAAUUAUUUGCCUUUACAUGAGUCUGGUUUGGUGAACCCGGACUCGGUCCUUGAGCCGUCUGGUUCGACCAAAACGUCGUCUGGGUCUGGCGGAUACGAUGAAGUGUGGUGUCGAGCACUUGCUUCCACCGCUACGACGUCGGAGAUCGUUAGGAAGAAAAGGACGAGCUUAACGGCGUGUCGUCCGACAUGUCCGCCGGUAUCGGAAGUCUCGGGAAGUUUGAUGAACCGGAGAAAGAAAACUCCACAACGAGCUCCACUGUAUUGAAA